AUGACGAACGCUGGAGGAACACAUGUUGCUGAAACACAGGAAACCAUCAAGAAGAUCGACUCACUGUCAACAAUGCCAUAUUGUGGCAUCGAUACGGAUGACAACACUGGAGUUGAAGAGAGAGCAACUCUCGAAACUGGCAAGAGUUGGUCUCCAAAGCACUAUGAGCUUUUACACGAGAGAAUCGAGCGUCUUAUCGAUGAAAAACAACCAUUCUUCUCUCUCGAAUUUUUCCCACCUCGUUUCGUGAACGGAGUCCCAAAUUUUCUUGAACGUGUCGAGCGCCUGUCCGAAGGAGGAUCAGUCUUUGUUGACAUGACGUGGCAUAUGGGAAGUGAUCCAGCUAACAUAGAUAAAGUGACAUCUUCAUCUUCAAUUGCUGCUUCAAUGCUCGAUUACUGUGGAGUAGAUACGAUGCUCCAUAUGACGUGUGUUCAAUAUAACAAGGCUGACACACUCAAACAUUUGGAGCAAGCCAAGGCAAUGGGAUUGAGAAGUAUUCUCGCGCUGAGAGGAGAUCUUCCACCAGGGACUGAACUCCAAGACACUCAUCAGUUCCGUGCUCUCGAUAUGAUUCGUUGGAUUCGUGAAGAAUAUGGAAGUUACUUCUCGAUCGGUUGUGCUGGAUACCCACUUGGACAUCCACAAGCUCCGUCUUACAAGGCUGAUCUCAUGUACUUGAAGGCUAAAUGCGAUGCUGGAGCAAAUUUUGUCAUUACCCAGCUCUUCUUCGAACCUGAAACUUUCGAGAAGUUCGUUCGUGAUUGUCGUGAGAUUGGUAUCACUCAGCCAAUUAUUCCGGGAAUAAUGCCAAUUAUGGGAUACGAAUCUAUCAAGCGUAUCGCCACACUUUCCCAAUUGGAAAUUCCUCAGCAUAUUCUCGAUGAUCUUGAACCAAUCAAGCAUGAUGACGAUGCUGUGCAAAAGUAUGGAACUGAGCGGUGUAUUGCGAUGUGUAGACGUCUUCUGGAUAAUGGAUCGGCUCCUUCUAUUCAUUUGUACACCAUGAAUCGUGAAGGAAGUAUCCGCGAAAUUCUGAAGGCUCUCGGAUUGUGGAAACUGGAAGGAGAUCGUGUCUUCCCAUGGAAGAACCGCUCUCAGCAUCCAAUCAGAUGCCUUGAAAGUGUUCGUCCAAUUUACUGGAGCUUCAGACCACGCAGCUACAUUACCAGAACAAGAGAUUGGGAUCAAUUCCCGAACGGAAGAUGGGGAAACAGUUCCUCUCCAGCGUUUGGAGAUGUCAGCAGUUAUUAUUUGUCUAAUUUGACGACCCUUCGCAAUGGUGAUGACCGUCUUUCCAUGUUCGGAGAUAAUAUCGACAGCAUCGAAGACGUUAAACGUGUUUUCAUCAAUUACAUCACACAAACUCCCAAUGCGGCCGGCAAGAAAGUCACUGUUCUGCCAUGGACUGAAGCCGAAACAGGAGUUCAGCCCGAGACAUCUUUGAUCAGUGAACAACUUGUCUGGUGCAAUGAGAACGGAAUUCUGACAGUUAACAGUCAGCCAUCAGUCAAUGGUGCUCCAUCAACUGAUCCACUCGUUGGAUGGGGAAAACCAGGAGGUUAUUGCUAUCAAAAAGCAUAUCUCGAAUGCUUUAUGACAGCUGAACUUUCUGAAAAACUUAUCCAAAUUAUUCAAAGAGAUUUCCCAAUUCGUGUCAACUACCACGCUAUUGAUAAGGAUAGUACCUUUGACCAGACAAACAGUGAGGAGACUACUCCAAUUGCAGUCACCUGGGGAGUGUUCCCAGGUUCAGAGAUUGCUCAACCAACAGUCGUCGAUCCACUUUCGUUCCGUGCUUGGAGAGAUGAAGCUUACCAAAUGUGGAUGGCUCAAUGGGGAGAUUUCUAUCCAAAAGAAUCGAAGUCAUACGGAGUUAUCAAGUCAAUUCAUGAUACUUUCCGUUUGGUAACUCUUGUGGACAACGACUUCCAAAAGCCAUCUGUUCUCUUUGAUGUGCUCCAAACAGCUCUAGAAGAACUCCGCAAGUAA